AGUGAAAACCAUAAGUCAGACAACUCGAAAAAAUGUCAGUUUUUGACAAUUUCCGUCCGUGAAUUUUUGACAUUUGAUCCCAAAAUGGAUCCAAUGCUACAACGCCACUGCGCUCGCUACAUCUACAUCGUCCCUGACGGUCUCCGAGAGCUCAUGAGCGACAUCUCGCGUGAAGUCCUCCGCUCCGAGCCCGAGGACAUCUACACCUUCAUCGCUGACUACCUGGACGCCCUCCUCAUCACACGCGAAAACGCCCGAAUCUCGGCGAAAUUCGUCCAAUACAUGACCGAAGUGUCGGAAACCAUCGUCGACCUCCUAAACCGCACCGGAAUGACCCGAACGGAGGCCGACGCCGCCGCCACCGUCAUCCAAGAGGCCUUCAAAGCGUGGAGCGAACGCAAAGGAAUCCUGAAAGAAGAUGAAGAGACGAUCAUCGCCCGGAUUAUUGAAGACGCCGGAAUCACUUCUGGGCAAAUCCAUGCCGCGGCCGUAGUGAUCCAACACGCAUUCAGAGCUUUCAAAAUGCGUCAACAGAGGGAAGCACAGUUGUUGUCCGGCAUUGUGGACUGGCGUGUGGCGGCGCGAAGCGCCAUUCGGCUGUACCGCAAAUCGGGGGUUUCCCCCGAAGAGGRCAAACGCGCCGCCAACUUGAUUAAAGCCGCGUAUAAAGGGUACUACACACGUAGGGCAAUCAGACAACUCAACGAACAACCCCUUGAAGAUGUUGAAAUAAAUGAAGAAAUUGAAGAAGAAGAGUCUCAAGGGUCCUARUAUAGCGAACACAUGAAGUCCAAGGGYGUCCGAAUUGACUUUAAUACAGUGGUACCCCAUGUGGAUUUCGGGGGUGAGGAGCUCAUCUCACGUGAUAUUGUCUCAGUUUUGGAGGAGGAGCAGCCCCCUUCACAUGACGAUAACAUCAUGGCGAGGAUUUUCGGGGAACUCCCCGAACCCACCGUUGAGGAAAUCGUCAAAGACAUCCUCAAUGAUAUCAUAAUUGGGACUAUUGGGACUGAAGAUGAGCCCCAUAUUGUGUUGGAGGAGAUGGAUUCGGAUAUUGACUCUUUUGUUCCUCCUUUGGUUGAAGAAAAGCAAGAGAUGCUGAUGAAUCGGUCUCAGAUUCUUCCAGUAAUGUCUCAGGAGGAGUUGGAUAUGGAGAUGAGGGAGGCGAGGCAGGAGAUGUUAGCGUUGAAGAGGGCUUCGAGGGAGAGACAGUCGGCGAUUGAGUUGGAACAGGUGGAGAAGGUGAUUGCGCCGACCACUGAGGAGGAAGAAGAGGAAUUGCAAUGAAAAGUAAAAAUUUUGAUCAAUA